CUUCACUACUAUAUAAAUAAUCACUUCACCACUAACCAACCAAAUUAACAAGACCAAGAAAUAAGAACAAAAAUAACUGGUGUUUGAGAACAAUUUAACAAUAAUCAUGAGUCAGGAGAAGCCACGGAGGCCCCAGCAAGAACCGAUAAAAUACGGAGACAUGUUCAACGUGUCUGGUGAUUUAUCAUCACAACCGAUUGCACCAAGAGAUGCUGCAGCCAUGCAAUCAGCGGAGGACAGAACAUUGGGACAGACUCGAAAAGAUGGUCCUGCUUCUCUCAUGACUAGUGCGGCCCAGAAAAACGAGGAUGCUGGUUUCAUCGGUCAUAACACUGCUACAAACAUUGCUAGAAACGAAGGCGUUGCUGUUUCCGAAACUUAUGAUUCGGGCAAACAUGUCAUCACUGAGACCCUUGGGGGACAGGUUCUGGAGAAGUCUGUGGAAGAUACAAAUGGUGCCAAAGGGACUGCUGGUCGACUUAAGAAAAACAAGUGAUGUACACUUGACUUCACAAUCAGAUGUUUUGUUUUGUUUUAAGCCGUGUGAAUUGUACCUUUUAGUUUUUGUGAAAUGUUUUACCUUUUUUGUCCAAGACUUUCUCUGUUUAUGUAUUAUCACUCAAACUUAGUGGUAUUAGUCUUUUGUAAUGCAUGUAUAAUUAUCCUAAAGUUUAAUGUAUAAGUUAUAACAUGUUAGUGUUU